CGCCCCACCUCCCUCGGAAGGAGAGUCCUUGGAGGUAGAUGGAGGGGCCCUGCCGAUAGCUGCCCUCUAAGCGCUUCCGACGUGUUUCCCAAGAGUUGGCUUGCAGAGCCCAGUCUGGUGACUUGCAGCCUGGUCGGAUCAGAUGUUGCCAACCUGAAUCUGAGGGCUUCUGCAGAGCUGAGCCUGCUUGUCACGUACAAAUAAUAACUGGGACUGAGCAGCAGCAGUGUGCUUUCGGGACGUGAACCCCACCCUCUAGUCUGAAGAAAUUAAGUACACAGAAAUUAGACUGUAGAAUAGUAAGUUACUGUUUAAAAGGUGCAGGACGGUCGAAAUAUUUAUUUGUGAGGCUACAUAUCAAACAUCAAACCCAGGGCCUCAAGUUUUGAUGUACUCUUGAGGUACACUCCAACCCUGGAAUUUAUCUUAAUGAGUGGUUGGAGCUAAGGACCCAAAUAGAUUUGAAAUUGUGUGUGCUUGCGUGUGUGCGUGUGUGUGUGCGUGUGUGUGUGUGUGUGUGUGUGUGUGUGUAUCAAUGCAUGGGCCAAUCUAUACUGAUAUCACUGGGGGAGGUUUGUAGGACCCUGGGGCCUUCUCUUGGCUGAAGAAAUGAGCCAGUGAGCACGAUAGUGCACACCUGUAAUGAGCGUGGCAAGCUAAUGGGACCUUGAGCCCUCCAACAAAAUGAAGAGCUCUUCAGUCUGUUCCCAGUUGGUGGAACCUUGACUUCCUGGACAGUCCAUCUGUUUCCUUCCGGCAUGAAGCACCGAGUAAAACCGGUGUCUGAGGGAGACACCACUGUUACAUUUACCCUGGUCUCUAUCAAACGGAGUAAUCUAGUACUCAGCGAAGUCUGAAUAUGAAGAAGUGGCCCCAGCCCUUCAGCGUCCCUCUGGUGUUGCAACUUCAUGAGCUCAGGCUCUUAGUCUCACUCAGGCCUGAACACCCUGCCCCAGAGAGUCCUGCUGAAGGAGUCUGCUGUGACAUCUGCACUUGCCCUCAUGAACCGGUCCAACGGCCAGUCCACAGCUGCCCCUGGCCAGAAGUUGGCUGAGAAUGUCAGUCGGGGCUCCAAUGCCUUGCCGUCCCUCACUAUUGACGACUUUGAGAUUGGGCGUCCUCUGGGCAAAGGCAAAUUUGGAAAUGUGUACUUGGCUCGGGAGAAGAAAAGCCAUUUCAUCGUGGCGCUCAAGAUCCUUUUCAAGUCUCAGAUUGAGAAGGAGGGAGUGGAGCACCAGCUUCGCCGAGAGAUCGAAAUCCAGGCACACCUGCAACAUCCCAACAUUCUUCGGCUCUACAACUACUUCUAUGACCGUCGUAGGAUCUACUUGAUACUGGAAUAUGCCCCAAGGGGGGAACUCUACAAGGAACUACAGAAGAACCGAACUUUCGAUGAGCAGCGGACAGCCACGAUCAUGGAGGAGCUGUCGGAUGCGCUGAUGUACUGCCACAAGAAGAAAGUGAUUCACAGGGACAUAAAACCUGAGAACCUGCUCUUAGGUCUCCAGGGCGAGCUGAAGAUUGCGGACUUCGGCUGGUCUGUGCAUGCUCCCUCCCUGAGGAGGAAGACCAUGUGUGGCACCCUGGACUAUCUGCCCCCAGAGAUGAUUGAGGGGCGCAUGCAUAACGAAAUGGUAGACCUGUGGUGCAUCGGGGUGCUCUGCUAUGAACUGAUGGUGGGGAACCCACCCUUCGAGAGCCCUAGCCACAGUGAGACAUAUCGUCGGAUUGUCAAGGUGGACCUGAAGUUCCCACCUUCUGUGCCUGAGGGGGCCCAGGACCUCAUCUCCAAGCUGCUGAAGCACAAGCCCUCAGAGCGACUGCCUCUGGCCCAGGUCGCAGCUCACCCUUGGGUCCGGGCCCACUCUCGGAGGGUACUGUCUCCCUCUGCCUAUUAGCCUGGUUCUGCAUUUUUGUCCCUGUUGUUUGCUCGGUUUUGUUUGUAUAUUUGUGUGUGUGUUGGGGGGAGGGAAGGGUUGUUCACAACUAUCCCCAGCUCCCUUCUAGGGAAUCUGACCCGUCUUCUGACCUCCACAGGCAAAACCAGGCACAUAAGUGGUGCACAUACAUGCAGACGAAACAUAUAUAAAACAACAAAAAACAGUACUGGAGAGGUGGCUGAGCUUGGCUGUUUUUCCAGAGAACCAGGAGCAAGUCACAUUACCACAUGAUGCUCAUAACCACCUGUAGGCACGGAUGUGACACACAUAUAUGCAGACAGCACACCUAGACACAGUGUGUUACACAUAUAUGCAGACAGCACACCUAUACACAGUGUGUUACACAUAUAUGCAGACAGCACACCUAGACACAGUUAGUGUGUCACACAUUAUGCAGACAGCACACAGUGUGUCACACACAUAUGCAGACAGCACACAGUGUGUCACACACAUAUGCAGACAGCACACCUAUACACAGUGUGUUACACACAUAUGCAGACAGCACACCUAGACACAGUGUGUUACACAUAUAUGCAGACAGCACACCUAGACACAGUGUGUUACACAUAUAUGCAGACAGCACACCUAGACACAGUUAGAAUUUUAAGGAGCCAUACAGUCUGAUUUCUUUCAAUUUGCCAAAUGUUAAAUGUUAUUUUAAAAUACCGUAAGUCAAAAGUGGAUUAAUCCAGUUUAUCGAUGAAACAUGUUUAGCCAAGCCUAUCUUAAAGUCAGAAAAAUUAUGUAGCACAAAGUAUAUUUUAUAAUAAAGUCUUAAAUAUUCCA